CUCAGUUGCAAAGCUGAGUUUGUGCUUGCGCUGUCCUCGGAUUCUGCAUCCACAAUGAGUCGUCUUCUGUUUUUACCUAGUGUUGUCUUGUUUCAACAACAGAGAGAAAAACAAAUGGAAUUUCCUUAGUGGUGCGUUUGUGGUGCUGUGUUAAGUCCGUUUCUUACAGCUGCGGUUCCAGUGAGGGAUUAGUGACACCACAUAAGGACCUCGGGCGUCUGCAAACAGGUGUUUCCACCCCAUGGCUGCGCAUUAAGCUUCAUUCACGACCAGACCACUGCCUGUCCGACGCACCAUGUGCACGACCGUGUAGUUUAGUGGGAUGAUGCAAAACCGCGCACACAGAGUGGGUUUGUGCGUGUUUGGUGUGAUGCCGAGAAAAUGAUACAGUUGAAGAACAUGCAACGUGCUGUGGUGAAAGUCUUUGUGCAGCUUCACGGUGGAAUCUGGGCUUAUUUUUUAAUAUCAGGGUUCACUUUUGUCUCGGAGAUACAACGGACACUUUCCGAAUAACGCAAACCCAUGAAAAUGAUUCCUCUGGUCAUUACCUAACUGACUGCACAGCAUCACGGGACUGUUUAAUCGUCUUCUAAGGAACUCUUUGUUUAUUCCUUGUUGUUUAUGAGAUCGCUGUAGCUGACUCAGACUGUUACCACUGCGUCUGGACCUUUUCCCACAAGAAUCCAGUUUUCUGGAUUCGAAAGGGGUGAUUUUUUUACACUCCGGAAGUUUUUCCAUAACGCUGCCAAACUGGCCAUGGCUGCAGCUAUCGCCAGCUCCCUCAUAAGACAAAAAAGGCAGGCGAGGGAGCGAGAGAAAUCUAAUGCCUGCCGCUGCGUAAGCAGCCCCAGUAAAACCAAAGGAAGCUGUGAAAAACCCAGUCGACUGAAUGUUUUCUCCAGGGUCAAACUCUUUGGUUCCAAGAAGAGACGAAGAAGGCGCCCAGAGCCCCAGCUGAAGGGGAUUGUGACGAAGCUGUACAGCCGACAAGGUUUCCACCUGCAGCUACAGGCAGACGGAACCAUUGACGGAACAAAGGAGGAGGACAAUGGUUACACCAUGUUCAACCUUAUUCCAGUGGGGCUGCGAGUGGUUGCCAUCCAGGGGGUGCAGACAAAACUCUACCUGGCUAUGAACAGUGAGGGCUACUUGUACACAUCAGAACACUUUACGCCAGAGUGCAAAUUCAAGGAGUCAGUGUUCGAGAACUAUUAUGUGACAUACUCCUCCAUGAUAUACCGGCAGCAGCAGUCAGGCAGGGGCUGGUACCUCGGUCUGAACAAAGAAGGAGAGAUCAUGAAGGGGAACCAUGUCAAGAAGAACAAGCCAGCAGCCCAUUUCCUUCCUAAACCUCUAAAAGUGGCAAUGUACAGAGAGCCAUCCCUCCAUGACUUGACAGAAUUCUCCCGCUCGGGCAGCGGCACACCUACCAAGAGUCGGAGUGCCUCAGCUGUACUCAACGGAGGCAAAGCCGUGAGCCAGAAUGAGUCUACGUAGCCCGGCAGCCAAACCCAGACCUGGGGCAGAACCAUGAAACCUUACCUCCAGCAGAGCGUGAAUCCAAGCAGAUUUCUCUCUCCGAUCAGCGUUUCAGGACUAGCUACGACAACAAACCACUACACUUAAACACCAUCACUAAAAAACACAGUUAGGUAUCAUCCUGGUCACUUAUUGUUUCUGUUUCAUCAACAGAAGUAAGAAACAUAACGGCACAUAAACCAUUCUGGAAAAGUGUAAUUAAGAAUAUUGUUUUGGGCUUGAAAAUUAAUUUAUUUGAUCACUCAUGUGGUGAUAAUGGUAAACCAGUUAACUCAUCUUUAAGUUAAUUUAUUUCUCUUAAUUUCUUGUGGACAGUAACUCUUCUUAGGUCAUGUAGACACCGAGCACUCAUGCAUCAGACAGACAGGGAGUUAGAAACGUAGGCCGUCAGGGCAGCCCGUGAUGUUGCUGGUCUACGAGGCUGCAGUGGUACAGUACAAGCCGUGAUCUCUGUCUUAUCCAUGCUUCUGUGAAUACAAAGCCUAUAAACUCCCUGGCGUGGCACAGCCUAGUGCUACUAAGACUGUGGCCAGCCAGACGGUAGCUCUCCUGCGUCCUAGUGCACACGCUCAGAGACUGAGCUCUCUAGCAUGGGAAAAAGAAGCCUAUGUUCAGCUAAAAUGAAGUAUAAGGGACAGUGUGGCUCUUGCAGUUUUUUUUUUUUUUUCUUUUCAGAGAUGCCACAGCUGCACCUUGGUUUUGCUAAUUUUCUGAAUUAGCUGAGAGCUUUUUAUUUGGUUACUGGUUUUGUUUUUAUCCCCUCUUGUUCUCUUCCCUUGCCAUUGUUCAGUAUUUGUUUUUUGUUGCUAUUUCAUCAUCGAAGGGGUUCCAGCAAACCAAAGACAGAAUGAAAGAGUGUCCCUUUAAGCCGCUGAAAACCAAGCCAGUAUAAAGGCAAAGCUGGAAUUUUUUUUCACUGUACAUUUUUGAUGAGAGAAAGCAAAGAUUUUGCGCAAAACAUGAACAAUGGACGAAGGAAGUGAUUUUAAACACUUUGGAAUUGGCAGCGCACUGGAUGUUGUGCUUUUUGCUGAUAUGCUUGACUACCGAAGUAUGAAACGAUUAUUCUGUGUCCCCAUUCCCUUCUGUUUCUACUGUGUCACAAUGUCUCCGUCUUUUGUCCUCGUGAUCUGUUUCCUUCCUGUGCUUGUGUCAUACUUUGAUCCCCUGCCAUCCUUUUUUGUCAACUUCUAUUGAGUGAUACAGUUCACCAUAGGAAUAUGGUGCAAGCCCCUUCCCAGGAUGCUUGUUAUGUGUUUGAGUAAAUUAUUGUGGUGACAAUAUUUUCUAUAUUUAAAAAAGAAUACUGUGGACUUUUAGGUGGCUUAACAUUUUAUAGGACAUGUCAUAUUUGUAAAAGUGAAAAAAAAAAUUAAGAAAAAAAAAAAGAACAUCUUCCCUUUUCUUGCACAGGGCAUGUACAAACACAAAAAGGACCCCUUUUGUGGGCUACGUACUCUUCCCUUCAGCUACAUAACUUCUUUCUGGUACAUGCUUCUGGGAGGCUUUCUUUUCUUGGUUUCCUCCGGAGGUGGUUUGUAUUAGGUGAACCUAUCUGUUGCAUGGGAGAAAGCAGGGAAUUAUGGUCUAGAGCUGCAUGAUGUAGGCUAUGUGUAUUAACCCAUGUUGGAUCAUGUGUUCCAAACUACCAGGCUAAAUCUGAUAAAACAACAUAUACAGGCAGACACUGUGGCUGUCUGAUAACUUCCAGUUGUUUAUUAUUUGUUGUAUACACAAAAAUGCACUGAAUAAAAUGUUUAUAUUAAGAUAUACUUUUAAA